CACCAGCAAAUUACUGGUCUUGUUGACGGUUUUUCCAAAACUUCAGCUCCUUUUCAGGUAUCUGCCUUUCCAUCCCUCUCUCCCUAUAUAUAAAAGAGCCCCUCCAUUUGAUUUUCUAUAUCAAGCACAUAUCCUUCUCGGAUCAAUUGUAUUCUCUAGUACCCAAAGUUUGCAAUUCCUUUUUCUCUAAUUUCAAGAGCAAAUCAGUCUAAUUGUGAAGAGUUACACGAAGAAGAUGAGUUCAACAAGCAGAGCUAUUGUAGCAGCCAGCGUAGGAGUCGUGGAGGCCAUGAAAGACCAGAUGGGCAUCUGCAGAUGGAAUUAUAUUAUAAGAUCUGCACAGCAAAAUACAAAGAACCAUCUCCGGUCGUUAUCUCAGGCAAAGAACCUCUCCUCUUCAACUUCUGCAGUGGUUUCAAGCAAAGUAAGAGAUCAUCAGGAGAAAAUGAAGAAGUCAGAAGAGUCUUUGAGGACAGUCAUGUACUUGAGCUGUUGGGGUCCCAAUUGAGGCUUUGAUCAGUGAGUUCUCUGAGAACGUCAUUGCGGGAAGGAAGUCGGCCUAAGCAUACAAACGGUACACUUUGUACAUGGCACGGCAGUGAGAAUGUCAGACCGCGUUGGUCAUGACUCAAUUAUAUUUGUUAAUGUAAAUUAAGCGGUUCUUAUAUUCUUAUGACAGAAUUUAACUCAAUUUUUUGUGUUUAAUUCUUAUGACAGAACAAAAAAUCGCUUUACACUAUUUUCAUUAAAUGUUGGUGAGAUUUUCGAUCGAUCCAGACUAUCAAACAGUUGUGCUCCUUCAAGUUUUAUCUGAAGUUCGCGAUCGAUAACCUCUUGAGAUUGAUAGAUUCAAAUGAAAAAAAAAAAAAAAACGCAGUCAGAAUUUGCGUGUUUGAUAGAUUGAAAUUAAAACAAAAGCAAAAAUGUGUAAAUUAGAUUUCGCUAGAUCACCCUCGCAGGACAGGCGAGCGAGCUAACAUCCACCUACAUGUGAAUUGGGCCUUUUUCAUGAAGAUGCUUGUCGUCUUUGAUGUUUCUUGCUGGAAAUUUAUAAGCUGACCAUCAGUUUUCUAGCUAACAAGAUGAUCAUCAUGAUCUGCUGAUUAAACGCAUUGGUUUAUUU